AUGGAUCAACCUCCGCCUCCGCCGCCGCAUGGCAAUAUUCCCCGGCCGGCGAAUCCCAACUUACCCCCGGGCAAAUAUGACAUAUUCAUCAUACCGCCGCACUCCUCGGGAUCUGGUUUCCUCUAUCUCCCUUCUCUGAAGCCGAACCUGAACAGCUUCGCCGCGGGAUUUGCUAGCGCUCUGGUCCUAGUCGUCCUAGGCCAGACCAUGGCACCGGUUUAUCAGGUGUGGUGGAGCAGCUUCCAAGGAAUGGGAAAUAUGGGCAUGGUGUUAUUGGUGAUCGCAGUCGGAGUCGGGGCAUGGUCUCUGGGGAGAACGCAACAAGGUGGUGGCUCGGCGUCGGGGAGAGGCAAUGGGAAUUCUUGGGGGUACGAUCCCGGAGCUGGAGGCUAUUCUAGUGGCCCAAAUCCCAACGCUGGACCACCCCCCAAUGAUGAUACGCCUCCGCCUCCUCCGCCUCAUGCCUCGCCACCGCCGCCUCCUCGGCAUGGGCCCGCACCUGGGACUCCAGGUACAGAGCGGCCCAAGCAAUCGUGGCAACAGCAUGCGCAAGCCAACGAACCGAAGGACGCAUCACCAGAACCGCCACCAGAGCCUCGACGUCGACCGCCGCAGGAACCAUCGCGAGAACCACCUCGAGAACCACCUCGAGAGCAACCUCGAGAACCGCCGCGGGAACCGAAGCGAGAGCCGAAGCGAGAACCAAGACGUGAGCCGAAACGACAACCAAAAUCAGAGCAGCGACCUGAGCCACCUCGGGAACCCCGCCGCGAACCGCCCCGGGAGCCAUCUCCAGAACCUGCGAAAGAGCCCCCACAGGAGCCUCCCAAGCCAAAGCCUAGGUCAAAACCCAGGGAAGCUCCUAGAGAGGUUCCUCAAGAGGCCCCCAAGGAACUGCCUAAGGAACUGCCUAAGGAGGUUCAUAAGGAGGUUCAUAAGGAACAUAAGGAAUCUCCCAAGAAGCCAUCUAGAAAGCCCAAGGAGACUCCUCCAGAAAUCCCCAUAGAGCCCCCUAAAGAGCCCCCUAAAGAGCCCCCCAAGGAGCUUCCCAAGGAGCUUCCCAAGGAGCUUCCCAAGGAGCUUCCCAAGGAGCUUCCCAAGGAGCUUCCCAAGGAGCUUCCUAAGGAGACCCCUAAAGAGACCCCCAGAGAUCCACCCAAAGAGAGGGCGCUCCGAGAAAAGCUUGAGAGGGAAGUCAAGGAAAAGGAGGCAAUCCGGAUCAAGGAGGCAAUCGAAGCAGCUAGGCUGAAGGCUAUAGCAGAGGCAGCUCGGCUGAGAGAGGAAGAGGCCGCGACGUUGAGAGCAAAGCUGAAAGAAGCAGAAGCUGCCGUGCAGAGAGAAGCCGAAGCUGCUGCUAAGCUGAGAGAAGCUGAGGCCGCCAAGCGAAUGGAAGAAGAGGCUGCCAGGGAAAGAGAAGCCGAAAGGCAGCGAGAAGCCGAGAGGCAAAGAGAGGUUGAGAGGCAAAGGGAAUUGGAGGCGGCUCGACAGAGGGAGGAAGCUGCUAGGUUAAGAGAGGCAGAAGAAGCUAGGAUCAGGGAAGUUGAUGCUGCUAGGUUAAGGGAAGCCGAAAGUAGGAGAGGCGCCUACGCCUACUCGUCGGUCGGGGAGAAAACAAACCCUUGGCCGAACGGAAAACCGCCGGUUAGGCCUCCAUCUCCUGCUAGAUCAAGCCCCCCUAGGCCGAGCCCGAGUACUACGUCUAGUAAGCCUAGUGCUGCCUCUAGCAAGCAACCGAAUCCAGCCCCUAGCACAACCAAGACUUCGAGCGGCGUUAACGAAGAAACUUACUCGUUUCGACCAUACGAUCAGCCUAAGAACCAUACUCGAAGGAGGUCGGGCGAGACAACCUUCACAGAGUCAUCGUAUGCUCCAUCCCAGUCAACAGCAAGGACAACGCCGCCACCUUCCGAACACCCGCCUUAUCGGACCAACGACCCAGACAAAAUCGUCAUCAAGGCUGUUUAUAGCUUCGUCAACCAAUUCUCCAAGACACCAGCUUCUCAACUCAUUAGUGGUAUGGCACCUGUCACGGACGGUUUGAUCCUUCGCAUCUCGUCUGCCGGUAUCUUCAUCGACGACGAUGUCCGCAACGAGCCGCAGCGAGAUUGGGACGUCAAGGCCUGGACGCUCAAAACGAUGGAGAUAUGGUGCCCGGCACAUUGCGUUGUCGAGUCUAACGUCACCCCCAAAGUGACUCCUAAGAGCCGUUUCCGAUCAUCAAUUCGUGGCGACCCGAAAACCCUGACAGGUGAGGAUGCCGAAGCCUGUGUUGACGAGCUACUACAUUCUUGCGGGGACGUGUGCCGCCACGCACCUCACGGAAGAUGGGAUGAUGCGUCGUCAAAUAUUAGUAGUUCGCGACGACGAGGUCUGCAUGUCCUGCGCGCUACAAUCCGAGAUCAGGACGGGAGGAGGCACUUGUUUAUUGUUGACGAAGAUGAGGGCUGGAAGGUUGCACAGGGCCUGCGGAAGCUCUUCCAGGGCACCCAACACCGCCAGCUAGGUAUCCAGUGCAUGGCAAAGACAGAGGCUCAAGGCAUUCUCGACAUGUUUGGCCGGUGA